UAUGUCAAAGAAUGUAAUGAUGAACUUUUGAGGGGAGACCAGCCAGACUGGACAGGGUAUCAGGCGCAAGGACUGUCACAGAUAGGAGAGAACAGAACCGCCAAGCAACCGACACAAAGCCAAGACGAUCAUAACCGAAAUCUGCCCCCCGUUAGCAAGCUGGAGGUGGACGUGGACCUGGGCUUCGCCCUCUUCUUCCUCUUCGUCCUGUGUUUCUUCCUCCUCGUGACGGUGGUGCGCUGCGCCCAGACCGUGAUGGACCCCUACGGCGCCAUCUCCACUUCCACAUACCAGGAGGAACAGAUCACCAACUGAGCUGGAGCGCACAACGGUUUCCUUGACCACCGAGACCCAUACCCAUCCAUUCAGUGCAUCAUAUAUAGAGCUAUAUAUACCUAUAACUAAACUUCUCAAUUGCCACUGUUGUAGAAUGUGUUUGACAAAUCCACUUGGUCGCUCAGAUCAUCGCCCCUGUUUACGAGCUGUGGCAGCUUUGGUCUGGAAAGGAGAUGAUGAAAAUGUACUAUUUUUUUCGGGUUUCUGAAAAACAAAAUUGGCGCAGGAAAGGUGGAAGGGUCGUUUGUGAAGUUGGUUGAAUCAGCAAGAUGUAUUAGGCUAAAUUGAUCAUUUUGC